AUGUACCUGAAUAAUAAUGUGACCGAGUUCAUUCUGCUUGGGUUGACACAGGAUCCAGUUAGGAAGAAAAUUGUAUUUGUCAUUUUUUUGCUUUUCUAUUUGGGGACACUGGUGGGUAACUUGCUUAUUCUCACCACCAUCCAGACCAGCCGUGCACUUGGGAGUCCCAUGUACUUCUUCCUUUUCUACUUAUCCUUCUCUGAUACCUGCUUCUCUACUUCCAUAGCCCCUAGAAUGGUUGUGGAUUCCCUUUUGAAGAAGGCAACUAUUUCUUUCAGUGAGUGCAUAAUCCAAGUAUUUACAUCUCAUUUCUUUGGUUGCCUGGAGAUCUUCAUUCUUAUCCUCAUGGCUAUUGACCGCUAUGUGGCCAUCUGUAAGCCACUGCACUACACAACCAUCAUGAAUCGCCGGGUCUGCAAUGGAUUGGUGGCCGUGGCCUGGGUGGGGUCCUGUGUGCAUUCUUUAACUCAGAUAUUCCUUACCUUGAGUCUGCCAUUUUGUGGUCCCAACAUAAUUGAUCACUAUUUCUGUGACUUACAGCCCUUGUUGAAACUUGCAUGUGCAGACACCUAUGUAAUAAAUCUACUCUUGGUUUCUAAUAGUGGAGCCAUUUGUACAGUAAGUUUUGUCAUACUGAUGUUCUCUUAUGUUAUCAUCUUACAUUCUCUGAGAAACCACAGUGCUGAAGGGAGGAGAAAAGCCCUCUCCACAUGCAUCUCCCACAUCAUUGUGGUCAUCUUGUUCUUUGGACCUUGCAUAUUUAUAUACACACGUCCUGUAAUCACUUUCCCUAUGGACAAGAUGAUAGCUGUGUUUUAUACAAUUGGAACACCUUUGCUUAACCCACUGAUUUAUACUUUGAGAAAUGCAGAAGUAAAAAAUGCCAUGAGGAAGUUGUGCAGCAAGAAACUGAUUUCAGAUAAUUAA